AUGAAUUCUGCAACUGAUCAAACCGAAGUGUAUCCAGAUAAUCUUGAAGAAGACGAAGAUACUUACAGCCACGAGAAAAAACCAGAACUAUUUGAGACUGCGCGGCCGAGCGACAUGCCUUCCAAAACUCGCCAUACAAAACACGCCCAUGAUGACGAGAUGGAAGGAGAGAAUGUCGAUGAAUCCGUCAAAGAAGAUAUGCAGAAGUUGGAGGAUACGUUCCCAGGAGUUUCAGAAAGAUUUCGCCUGAUCAACCGGAUCGGUGAAGGGACAUUUUCAACUGUUUACAAAGCAGAAGAUCUUCUUUACGAUUACUACGAGAAUGAUUGGGCUCAAGAUACAGAUCCCCACGACGACCAUUGGGAAAAUCCGCCUUCCAAAAAGCGCCGGCUAGGACAAAAUUCCUCUGGAACAGGGCCAGCCAACGAAAAGGAAAAGCCGCGAUACGUUGCGUUAAAGAAGAUAUACGUCACUAGCAGUCCGCUCCGCAUUCAGAAUGAAUUGGAAUUACUACAUGAUCUUCGAGGAUGCCGGUCGGUUUGCCCGCUCAUUACAGCUUUCAGGCACCAAGACCAGGUGGUCGCAGUCCUCCCUUUCUUUCGACACACAGAUUUCCGCAUACAAUACCGCACAUUCAUGGUAGCUGACAUGCGCCAUUACUUUCGAUCCCUUUUCUCUGCGCUUGCAUCCGUUCACAAACAUGAUAUCCUGCAUAGGGAUAUUAAACCUACGAACUUUCUUUACGACCCCGAAAAGCGACAAGGCGUGUUGGUUGACUUUGGUCUAGCUGAGCGCCAAGGGUCUGACUACUCCGCUCCAUGUCUAUGCACCAAUUCAUCCCAAGUGCGAAGACAAAAACAGUUGUCCAGUUACUAUACGUCUCAUGCAGGCCAGCAACCAAAUGGCUAUCCCAAAAACGACUCUCGGCCGUCUCGCAGGGCAAACCGAGCUGGAACUCGUGGGUUCCGCGCGCCAGAAGUACUCUUCAAGUGCACCUCACAAACCACAAAGAUAGAUAUGUGGUCAGCAGGGGUGAUCCUCCUCACACUCCUUGGCCGGCGGUUUCCGUUCUUCAACUCGGCCGACGACGUUGAUGCCCUGAUUGAAAUGUCGAGUAUCUUUGGCAACCGCCGAAUGAAAGCGGCCGCUGCAAUGCACGGACAGAUCUUCGAGACUACCAUCCCGACAAUCGGGGAAAAGGGCUACAGCUGGGAGAAGCUCGUUAUUUGGGCCAGUUGCGUGGAAGAUCUGACCGAGAGCGAAAAACAAGCGACGCGUCUGCUGGCUGGAUUGAUGGAGUUGGACCCUUCCAAAAGACUGAGCGCCAAGGACGCUCUUCAGCACGAAUUCUUCCUAGACCCCAUCGACCAUGAUGUUUCAUGGGGUGGGGAGCCGGCCAGUGCUGAUGAGGGCGGACGCUCGAGUCGGUUCUUCAAGCGAACCUUUACGAUGGCAUGGUUCUGCUCCGGCACCACGAACACAGAGCUUAUCGAGAAUCUUUGGAGUGCGGGGUUGAUACAGAAUGAGCGGGUGAAACGGGCAAUGCUUGGUGUGAGCAUCACGAGAGCCUAUCCAAAUUCUGCCCGCAAGGUUGACCGGGAUCAUUAUGCACCGUCCAGUCCAUACUCAGACUCCCCUCAGCCCAUAGGCUAUGGUGCUACCAUCUCCGCGCCCCAUAUGCACGGCCAUGCCUGCGAAUACCUGAUCGACCAUUUGCACCCUGGUUCGCGCGUGUUGGACGUUGGCUCCGGAUCCGGCUAUUUGACACAUGUGCUUGCAAAUCUUAUCACAGACCAGACCUCACCCACCACCGAGUCCGAUGGCCACGUGGUCGGCAUAGACCACAUCCAGGAACUCGUCGACAUAGCACAUGCAAACAUGAGCAAAUCAGAAGAUGGCCGCAACUUGCUCAAGUCCAAAAAGGUCGAGUUUGUCGCUGGCGAUGGCCGCUUGGGCUGGAAAGAGCGCGGGCCAUACCAUGCCAUUCACGUCGGCGCUGCUGCUGCAACGCUUCAUCCGGUCCUGAUUGAACAGUUGAAUGCUCCUGGUCGGUUGUUUAUUCCGGUGGAGUCGGAACCUUCGGAACAUGUUUUGGAUCAGCUCGGCAUGGGUACUGGUCAGUUUAUAUGGGUUGUGGACAAGAAGGCCGAUGGAUCAGUGCACAAGCAGAAAGUCUUUGCCGUCAACUAUGUCCCUCUCACAGAUGCCCCGAAGAAGAAGUGA